AUGUCUGAGCUCUACCUACUGACGUUCAAUUGUGCGCGCACCCUUGUCGAUCCUCAGGCACUUGCGCCGUCCUUUUUUGAGGCCCUGCCCAAAGGAGCGCCAUUACCAGAUCUAGUCGCAAUCUCAUUACAGGAGAUUGCGCCCAUUGCCUACUCGUUCCUUGGAGGUUCUUACCUAAAGCCAUACUUCGACCGCCUCAACACCACCGUCCAGCUUGCAGCGGAUCUGCACGGCCACGGCAGCCAGCGCUUGGAGCAUGUUGCAACCCGUAGUUUGGGCAUGACAGCCCUGAUGAUAUUCGCAAAGCCGAGGUUCACACAACGGAUACAGUGGAUACAAUCAGCAGGCGCAGGCGUCGGCUUCUCGAAUAUGGGUAACAAGGGUGCUGUGGCUAUGCGUGUCGGCGUCACAUGUCCAACAUCAGCAUCAGGGGAGACGCUGAACCUCAGCUUUGCUGCUGCUCAUCUUGCGCCGUCAGAGAAGAAUGUGGCUGCUAGGAACAAAGAUUGGGAGAAUGUCGUGCGCAAUUUGGUAUUUGCAAACCACGACGACUCUAUGUACAGCUCGAGUGAUGAAGCGCCUUUGCUGAGCUCACGCAAGGCACCAAGCGAGCAUGACGGGCUCUUUGCUCCAGGAAGUCACGUCUUCUUUUUUGGCGAUCUGAAUUAUCGCACGCACGACUCCUCGCCUGGUGAGAGUGCUCACGAAUCAUUUCCGUCCAUGGCGGCAGUCGAAUCAUCGUCGAAGCACUACUCGCAGCUACUCAGCCGCGACCAGCUGACACGAGAGAAGGAGGCUAAUCGCACCCUUCACGGGCUCGAAGAACUACCCAUCACCUUCCCCCCUACCUACAAGUACUCGACGUCACGUAGCAGCGACGACGAAUGGCAAUGGGCCAAGCACCGAUACCCGUCCUGGUGUGACAGGAUACUGUACCUGCCUUCGCAAACAUCGAAGCUCGAACCGCAGAUAUACACAGCACUGCCAGUGCAAGCGACGUCAGACCACCGACCGGUUGCGCUGUCACUGCGUGUGGAGGAUAUGCCUACCCGCGUUAGCCCGGUUGAAGCGCCUUUCCCUCUCAAUCCGGCGUGGAAGUCUAGGCAAGAGGCUGCUCGCAGGUGGGAGGUUAUGGUCGGUGCGUUGUCCUACGUCGUCCUGACGAAGAAGGGCAAUGCUAUGCUCAUUGCAUUCAUUGCAGUUCUGCUAGGCGGCUGGUAUAUGGCAGUCUUGUUCUCAAGAUGA